AUGCGGUGGACUCAUGAGGUGGAGUCCACCACCUCCACCACUUCCACCACCACCUCUACACCUCUGUCUGGAUCGUUCGGUGGACUCACGAGGUGGAGUCCACCGCUUCUACCACCUCAUCCGCCGCUACCGCCUCUGGAUCGCUUGGUGGACUCACGAGGUAGAGUCCACCGCCUCCACUAUCUCCUCCACCACUUCCACCACCACCUCUACACCUCUGGAUGGUUCGGUGGACUCACGAGGUGGAGUCCACCGCUUCUACCACCUCGUCCGCCGCUUUCGCCUCUGGAUCGCGCCUCCACCACUUCCACCACCACCUCUAUGGCCUCUGGAUCAUUCGGUGGACUCACAAAGUGGAGUCCACCGCUUCUACCACCUCGUCCGCCGCUUCCGCCUCUGGAUCGCGCCUCCACCACUUCCACCACCACCUCUAUGGCCUCUGGAUCAUUCGGUGGACUCACGAAGUGGAGUCCACCGCUUCUACCACCUCGUCCGCCUCUGGAUCGCUUGGUGGACUCACGAGGUAGAGUCCACCGCCUCCACUACCUCCACCACUUCCACCACCACCUCUAUGGCCUCUGGAUCACAUCGCCUCGAUUCACACACGCGCCGAAGAAGUCAAAAGCUCUUCCUCGCCCACUCGUGUUAUCUUUACAGUCUCUCCCUGCUUCUUUCUCAUCUCCUAGGUCAUCCCCGGGUCCUACAUCACCACUUUCGCCGACAUCUAUAUCUACCAACAUCGCUUCAUCUAGCUCAUAUCAUGACGAUCAUGACUCUUUGGAUGAUUCACUACAAACUUGCCGGAAGCGCAUGGCAAAACUUACUCAGACCCUUGGAGAGAAUAUACCUCCCGAGUUGGUCUUUAACUCUCAACUGCAUCCUUCCCACUCUCGAAGCACCUCUGUUGAAGCAGCUUUUGCUCUUGCAAACUUAACAGUCACCGCUAAAGGCUCCACAGAGCCUUCUCGCCAUACCCAAGAGACUCUUGUUCCGUUGCGAAUGAAGAGACUUCCGCAGACACCUACCACGAUGUCCCGUAGCGCGUCGCUACGAGCUCCGUCACCUUCGUUCGUUGCUCGGCGAAUGAUGCGAAAGCGUCACGGCCAACCUCACACAACGAGUCACGUCGAGCUCACUCCUUCCGCCGGUCGCAAAUCCUCCGACACCAUCCACUCUGCUGUUUCUUCGCAGGGUGGAGCGGGGAAUGGAAUUGCCACCGCUGAUACCGCCUCUGGAUCGCUUGGUGGACUUGAGGUAGAGCCCACUGCUUCACCCACCUCUAGACCGUAUGGUGGACUCGCAAGGUGGAGUCCUCCACCCUCCUCUACUGCCUCUAGAUCACGCAGUGGACUUACAAGAGAGGGUUUGUGCUGGACCUGCCAGAGAGAGGAAUUGUCCGAAACUGAGUGA